CGAACAAAAUUCAAAAUUUAUAAAACGGGGAUGUAUUUUAAGGAGGUGGUUUUCUGAACAAUACGUUUAUUUUCUGUUGUAAAAAUCAGUACUUACGGUCGAAAAAAAAUCAGUUGGCAUUUGUUUGAGAGAUCGUAAAAGUCAAUCAUACAUAUUUCGAUGGGGCCCCACGAUGUUAAGCACAAUAGUUUCAUGUUUAUCACACAUGCCACGAGUUCAUUAAAUGAAUCUGAAGUCCAAGUAUAUAGUAAUUUUUUUACUAUGUUUGUUUACUUAACCAUCACAUAAUUUUUGUUCUUUAUGUAUAUAGGGUAUAUUUAUUUCAAAACACUAUUUAUAAGUCGUAAAAGUCAUGAGUAUAUCAUAUCAAUACAAUACUCACCAAGUAGCUACUAUUUUUAGACCACGUGCCUGACACAAUUGAGAGCAGAUACACCCUUCAAAUUACAAUUACGGUAGUAUGGAUGUCAUAAAAUACAAGGUGUUUAAUAUUAACUUCAAAUCAGUCUAAAUGCAGCUGUCGACUAACACGGAUGUUACUGUACACGUCAAAUCAUUACUAAUAUGGAUUUAAUUCAAAAAAUUGAAAACACAUUGAAUACAAUCGCAAAUGAUCACCCGUGUAAAGAUGUGUUUAAAUUACUUUCGAAAUUAUGUACACAAUACAGUGAAAUUAAAUGUUUGGCUAUGAAAUGUGGUUAUAAAGAGCAAAAUGAACAUUAUACGGGGUGUUUUUGGGCACAUUCUGCAGAUCAAGUAGAUGGUCCAACUAAUUGUAUUUGUUGGUGUGUACGUCGUAAAUACAUCGAACUACGUUUAACAAUAGACAGAAUUUAUUGUCAAAUAAAAGAAGUGCAAAAUAACAAGUUGAAAAAGUAACCAUUAUUAAAUAAAAUCCGUUCCGUACAUAUAGACCACCAGCUAUCAUACUAAUAAGUUAAAUAAAAAAAAUCAACGGACAGUGGUUUGCGGGGAUUUAUCUGCAUCAGUUGUGCAAGAAAAACACACAGAUAAAUUAGAAAAAAUGGCUACACGUCAAGAACUAGCAUGCAUCCAGGAUAGCUUAUUUGAUACGUCUACAUUUGCAAUAAAUAUUUUGACACAUGUUCGUGUUGGCCUCGAUCCUCUUGACUUGUUUUGGCCUAAAAUCGAAUUAAUCGAAGGAUGUACUACUGUUAAUUUGACAAUACACUUCUUGCAAAGGUUCUAUUCAAUGGUCGGUUAUUUCUCAUUACUGUCCGACAAUGAUAUUGUGUUAUUGGAGGACGAGCAUACGGUUGUACAAAAACUGAAUGGUGUUACACAAUCUUACGUAUUUUUCAUGAUACAAUCAAAGGAUUGUAAAGAAUAUCAAAUUAUGUUGUCACAAGAAGGAUUGAACCGAUUUUAUGAACUGAAAAAUAUCAUAUUCGAAACAUUGAAUAGAAAACUAUUAAUUGCUCGCCCUCAAGUAGUAUUCGAAAUAAAAAUGAUACUCAAAACACUAAUUAUGGAUGCAAGUGCGCAAAAUAAACAAUAUUUAUGUAAACCAGAGAAAAAAACAUUGCCAAGUAUGCUAUUUUUCCAUGAAAUUAAUCAAACAGACUAUUUAUCAAAGUGCAUCGAUUACGCAUCUAGAGUGAUUUUUAACAAUAACAGACACAAAAUUAAGGGUAACAUUUUUGAUAUUUUUUCCGAUUUGAAUUUGAUGAGAUUUUAUCCGGGCAUAUCGUACAGUGAAAUGGAAACUAUGCACAGGGAUUCGUUGAGUAAUGCUAAACUACGUUGGAAUGAUUUGAAAAAUCAAUGGGAGAUCAGUUAAUGUAAAGGAAAAAACUGUUUAUUAAAAAAAUGUGUAAUUUAUUUAAAAAUAAAUAAAUAUAUACGUGUACAAAAAAAUGUUAUAAAUAAA